UCUCUCGGCUGUCUCGGUUUCCUCAGCAACGGGGCUGUAGACCUGUCCACUCACGAGGCCGGACACAGCAUCCAGUUCUGGCGCAACCAAUUACUGGAUCUAAAGGACGAGAUCAACAGUCUGCGCCGGCUGCACCAGAGCGUGAGGCGGAAUCUGUUGGAGUCGCCGAAAGCGCACUCGGUCCGAUUGCUUGUCUACAAGAACGGAGAGGCUCGGCUGAAACCUCCGGAUCUGGUCAUUGGGUCGACUUACGAGGGGGUAAGCUGUGGAACACCCGACCAACACGAACAGAUGUGACCAUUCAACAAUGGCAUAUGAGUGUGAAAGAGCAGAGAGAAUAG